GCGGCUGCCGGUCCUAGCCCCGGCGCCGGGGGCGCGCAGCCGGGAGUGUUUGACGUGGCAGUUCCCAGCCCAGCUGCAACUCCGUGCGUGAAACGCGCCUGUGGGGACAACCGCCGGGGAAAGGCGCUGUGGGAGCAGCGGCCUUAGCGGGAGCUGGGUCAGCGGGGGCCACCGGCCCCAAAAGCAGAACCACAGGCUCUCAGAAGCCCGGCGGCGGGAGGGAGCUGGUCCAGGAUUCUUUUGUGGAAUUAUCCUUUGGAAUGAUAUUUUCAUAAUGAGUCAACAAGGAUAUGUGGCAACACCCCCAUAUUCUCAGUCCCAACCUGGGAUAGGUCUUUCACCACCUCAUUAUGGGCACUAUGGUGAUCCAUCACAUGCAGCUUCUCCACCAGGUGUGAUGAAGCCAACAGGGCCUAUGGGGACUGCUGCUCCUGGGGGGAUGUUGCCUCCAGGUGCUCCACCUCUUGGAACCCAUCAGUUUGGUCCGAAUGGAGCUCAAGCUUCAGGACAUCCUCUCCAAAGAUUUCCAGGUCCUCCACCAGUCAGCAAUGCAGCAUCCUCUUAUGUCCCAUACUCACCUUCUACACAAUCGGCUUAUCCAAGCCCUGUAUCCACUUCAUCCAUCACUCAACUCGGCAAUCAGCUCAAUGCCAUGCAAAUGAACAACUAUGGUUCGGGCAUGGGUCCCCCCGGCCAGGGGCCCCCUGGCCCUCAAUCAGCAGCAGCAUUCCAGGGUCCUCCUCGACCUCCACAGCCAUCCAUCUUGCAGCCUGGAUCACAGGUUCUCCCACCACCACCCACUGCACUGAAUGGCCCUGGUCCCUCAUCCUUGCCUCCACCAAUGCACAGGCCGGAUGGACUUCCUGGGCCUGCUCCUCUGACUGCCCAGUACCAGCCCCCACCUCUUCCAGGACAGCCCCCGGGCACUGGAUAUCCUGCACAGCAGGCCAACUAUGGUCCUCCGAUGGCAGGCACACAGCUCUCCUACCCAGGAGGUUUCCCCAGUGGUCCCGCACAGAUGACUGGUCCACCACAGCCCCAGAAGAAGUUGGAUCCUGACUCCAUCCCCAGCCCAAUCUAUGUGAUUGAAAAUGACAGAGCCACCAAAGGGGGACAAGUGUAUGCCACCAACUCCAGAGGCCAGGUACCUCCCCUGGUCACUACAGAUUUUAUGGUACAAGACCAAGGUAAUGCUAGUCCUCGAUAUAUCCGUAGCACAACAUACUGUUUCCCAUGCACAUCGGAUAUGGCUAAGCAAGCUCAGAUUCCAUUAGCUGCUAUCAUCAAGCCAUUUGCCACAAUUCCUUCAAAUGAGACUCCCCUUUACCUGGUAAACCAUGGUGAGACUGGGCCAGUCAGAUGCAACAGAUGCAAGGCCUACAUGUGCCCGUUUAUGCAGUUUAUUGAAGGAGGAAGGCGGUAUCAGUGUGGAUUUUGCAGCUGUGUGAAUGACGUUCCACCAUUCUAUUUCCAACAUUUGGACCACAUGGGGAGAAGACUGGACCACUAUGAGAAGCCAGAGCUAUCUUUAGGAUCCUAUGAAUAUGUUGCGACUUUGGAUUACUGCAGAAAAAACAAACCUCCCAACCCACCAGCCUUUAUCUUCAUGAUUGAUGUUUCAUAUAGUAAUAUAAAGAAUGGUCUUGUGAAGCUCAUAUGUGAAGAACUGAAGACUGUGCUGGAAAAACUUCCAAAGGAAGAGCACGAAGUGACUUCGGCAGUUCGAGUUGGCUUUAUUACAUAUAACAAAGUUCUCCACUUUUUUAAUGUAAAAAGCAAUUUGGCCCAACCUCAGAUGAUGGUCGUGACUGAUGUUGGUGAAGUCUUUGUUCCUUUGUUGGAUGGUUUCCUUGUCAACUAUCAAGAAUCCCAAUCUGUGAUUCACAAUUUAUUGGACCAGAUUCCAGAGAUGUUUGCAGACUCUAAUGAAAACGAGACUGUCUUUGCUCCUGUCAUCCAAGCUGGCAUGGAAGCUCUGAAGGCAGCAGAGUGUCCUGGGAAGCUGUUCAUCUUCCAUUCCUCCUUGCCAACCGCAGAAGCACCUGGGAAGCUCAAAAACAGAGAUGACAAAAAGCUAGUUAACACGGACAAAGAGAAGCUGCUUUUCCAGCCUCAAACGAACGUCUAUGAGUCUCUGGCCAAGGACUGUGUGGCUCACGGCUGUUCUGUGACGCUCUUCAUCUUUCCCAGUCAGUAUGUGGAUGUGGCCUCCUUGAGUCUUGUUCCUCAGCUCACUGGAGGAACUCUGUACAAAUACAACAAUUUCCAGAUGCAUUUGGAUAGCCAACAAUUUUUGAAUGACCUUAGAAAUGAUAUUGAAAAGAAAAUAGGAUUUGAUGCUAUUAUGAGAGUUCGAACCAGCACAGGUUUCAGAGCCACUGAUUUCUUUGGUGGCAUUUUCAUGAACAACACCACCGAUGUGGAGAUGGCAGCUAUUGAUUGCGACAAGGCAGUAACUGUAGAGUUCAAGCAUGAUGACAAACUUGGUGAAGACAGCGGAGCCUUAAUCCAGUGUGCUGUGCUGUACACAACUAUCGGUGGCCAAAGAAGGCUUCGGAUUCACAACCUUGGUUUAAACUGCAGCUCUCAGCUGGCUGAUGUCUACAAGAGCUGCGAGACAGAUGCUCUCAUCAACUUCUUUGCCAAAUCAGCUUUUAAAGCAGUUCUCCACCAGCCCUUAAAGGUCAUCCGUGAAAUCCUGGUUAAUCAAACUGCCCAUAUGUUAGCAUGUUACCGGAAGCAUUGUGCCAGUCCAUCUGCAGCAAGCCAGCUUAUUCUACCAGAGUCCAUGAAGAUAUUGCCAGUGUACAUGAAUUGUCUGUUAAAAAGCUGUGUGCUGCUCAGUAGACCAGAGAUUUCAACAGACGAGCGGGCGUUUCAGAGACAGCUGGUCAUGACCAUGGAUGUGGCUGACUCUCAGCUCUUCCUCUAUCCACAACUUCUGCCAGUUCAUACAUUAGAUGUCAAGAGUACAACUUUACCUGCUGCUGUUCGUUGCUCUGAGUCCCGUCUCUCAGAAGAUGGAAUAUUCCUACUGGUCAAUGGUCUCAAUAUGUUCUUAUGGCUGGGAGUAAGUAGCCCACCAGAAGUGAUCCAAAGUAUAUUUAAUGUGCCAUCUUUUACACAUAUCAACACAGAAAUGUCAAUACUGCCUGAGGUGGGAAACCCCUACUCUCAAAAACUCAGAAUGAUAAUGAGUAUUAUCCAACAGAAGAAGCCAUAUUCAAUGAAGCUGACAAUCGUAAAGCAGCGAGAACAGCCCGAAAUGGUUUUCCGACAGUUUCUGGUAGAAGACAAAGGACUUUUUGGAGGAUCAUCUUAUGUGGAUUUCCUUUGUUGUGUUCACAAGGAGAUCUGCCAGCUGCUGAAUUAAUUGAACCUUCUCUGUUGUUCUUGUUGCAUUUCUGAGGAGAUAAUCUCCUUCUCGGUGCCUAAUUCUCCAGAUGAUAACAAGCUAGUUUUGAUUUCUUGCUCACUUUCAGAAUAGCUUUCUAAGACAGCAUUUAGAACUUCAGCUUUGGUGCUCAGGUAUAAAGCCAAUGAAGGUACAAUUGUAUCUUAAAGGGAACAGUCUAUUUCUGAUUGCACAAUUUUUAACUUUUAAAACUGAUACAGUUCACAUGUCAUGGAAGACAUAGUUUACAGAACUGUAAACAUUCUCAAUUUUAUUUCUUUGUGCUAGACAUAUAAAUUAUUUUUCAAAAUGUACAGAUUUGGAAUAAAAAGUUAUCUUGGUUCCUCUCCCACUUGCAGUAAAAAAAGAAAAACUUUAAUUUUUACAUUACAUCUAAUUUUUUUAAAACCAUGUAACUCCAUUGAACACAUUUUUCAACUUAAAGUUUGCAUAGCAGACUUUUAAUGCCUUGGAAUCUAUCUGGUAGAACCAUCUUUGUUUUACUUCUUUUUCUCCCCAUAAUUAUAUGUUGUGUAUGUUUAAACUAUGUUCUAGUCAUUGUUUUGUCUAUAAAAGUGUCUACCGAUAUUCGUAAUGGUCCUUUGUACCAUUUUGAAGGUUUCUACUUGUAUAUAAUGGGCCUUAACCAGCAUCAAUAAAUCACUUCAUAUGCUCUUA